AGCGUUUAUACGGUGCGAAGACAAAAAAGUCCAAGACGUUUUGUUGUCGUUUUUUUCUAUUUAUCUGUUAAUAAAUAAAAAUACAAAGACUAAAAAAUGUCGUUAGCGGAUGAAUUACUUGCCGAUUUUGAAGAAGCAGGAGAUGAUGUGGAGGAGCAUGAAGGUGACGGUCAGACUAUGGAACUGGCUGAUGUUGAUGAUGUUACCAUGGAAACGCACAUUGUUGCCAAAAACUCUGUUAGGAAUAUUGCAAAACUUAGAGACAGCGAAGAGCUGUCAGAAGUGAUGAAAAAAAUGGAAGUAUACUCCAAACAGAAAAGAAAGGAAGCUGUGGCAGGUCCAGUGGAAUUUGAUCCAGAGUAUCAGCUGAUUGUUCAAGCCAAUAAUCUGACUGUGGAAAUUGACAAUGAAAUAAAUGUGAUACACAAAUUUACAAGAGAUAAUUACCUGAAAAGAUUUCCUGAACUGGAAUCACUGAUUAGUGAUCCUCUACAGUAUGUUUGUACUGUUAAGGAACUUGGAAACAACAUUUUAGACAACAGUAAGAAUAAUGCAGCUCUACAAGAAAUCCUCACAUCCGCCACUAUAAUGGUUGUCAGUGUUACAGCUUCUACAACUCAAGGGUCAUUGCUUACAGAUGAUGAAAUGAAGAUUGUUGAAGAAGCCUGUGAUAUGGCAUUAGAACUGAGUGAAUACAAGAGACGUAUUCAUGAGUAUGUUGAAUCAAGAAUGACAUAUAUUGCACCAAACUUAUCUAUAAUAGUGGGCGCUUCCACAGCUGCUAAAAUAAUGGGUGUAGCUGGAGGUUUAACAAAUUUGUCAAAGAUGCCAGCAUGUAACAUCAUGUUGCUCGGCUCACAGAAGAAAAUACUGGCAGGAUUCUCCUCAACAGUGAUGCAGCCACAUCAAGGAAUACUCUACGAGUGUGACCUCAUAGAAAAAUCUCCACCGGAUUUAAAAAAGAAAGCAGCACGACUUGUAUCAGGUAAAUGUGCCCUGGCAGCACGAGUAGACAGCUGUCAUGAGAGUGUUGAUGGAAGUAUUGGCGACCAGUUCCGUGCAGACAUAGAGGGAAAACUUGACAAACUCCAAGAACCGCCACCAGUCAAAAAAGCCAAGGCCCUGCCAGCUCCCAUAGAUCAGGCCAGGAAAAAAAGAGGUGGAAGAAGAGCAAGAAAAAUGAAGGAAAGGCUUGGUCUGACAGAAAUGAGAAAACAGGCAAACAGGAUGAACUUUGGAGAGAUUGAAGAGGAUGCUUAUCAAGAAGAUCUUGGAUUCUCCCUGGGAACCAUUGGCAAGUCAAAGACAGGCAGAAUCCGGGGACCAGUCGUUGACUCUAAAACUAAAGCAAGAAUAUCCAAAUCUCUACAGCAAAAGAUAGCGAAAGAGAAGCAGACGUGGGGAGGUAGUACCACAGUGAAGAAACAGGUGUCUGGUACAGCGUCUAGUGUUGCUUUCACACCAUUACAGGGUCUUGAGAUUGUCAAUCCCCAGGCAGCAGAGAAGAGGGUCCAGGAAGCCAAUGCUAAAUAUUUCUCCAGCACAGCUUCAUUUGUUAAAGUAGAAAAACAACUCUGGCAUAAAUGAACACAUGCAAAGCUAACAUUGUUGUCUUAAAAAAUUGAAAUGAAAACAAGGUCUGAAGAUCAAAUAAACCCAUUUGUCAUGUGUAGAGUGACAAGAGUACGUAAUUAAGGGGACACAAAAUAGAUAUUCUUUUGAGGAUAUACUUAUAUCUGUGGUAGCUGUUUUACCACAUUAGAAACAGCUGGUUUUGUCACAUAUGGACUGCUUCAAGCUUUGUCCAUAGCUUUAACUGUCAACUGAAUAGAUGUGGAAACCUGUUUUAGUAAUAUUUGUGGCUGAAUCUGGUGAAAACAAUACCAUGUUUGUAUAAAGGCAUAACAUUACCACAUAAAUCUGCAAUUUUGCAUACUGGCAUUAGUCUUUGAUGUAGCUCUGUUUUUAGCCCACCAUCAUCAGAUGGUGGGCUAUUCAAAUCACUCUGCGUCCGUGGUCUGUCCGUCCGUCAUUCCGUCCAUCCGUCCGUCCGUUAACAAUUUCUUGUUAUCGCAUCUCCUCAGAAACUACUCGGGGGAUUUUGACCAAACUUUGUCUGAAUGAUGUAUUGUUACUCUAGUUGUGUCCCCCUGAAAAUCAGACUGGUUCAACAAUUAUUGAGUGAGUUAUGGCCCUUUGUUUAUUUUUAUAAUUUACAUAGAUUUAUAGAGGGAAAAAUUUUGAAAAUCUUCUUGUCCAAAACCACAGAGCCUAGGGCUUUGAUAUUUAGUAUGAAGCAUCAUCUAGCGGUCCUCUACCAAGAUAAUUCAAAUUAUAUCCCUGGGGUCAAAUAUGGCCCCGCCCCGGGGUCACAUGGUUUAUAUAGACUUAUAUAGGGAAAAGCUUUGAAAACCUCUUGUCCAAAACCACAGGGCCUAGGGCUUUGAUAUUUUGCAUGUGACAUCAUCUAGUGGUCUUCUACUAAGAUUGUUCAAAUUAUCCCCCUGGGGUCAAAUAUGGCCCCGCCAUGGGGGUCACAUGGUUUAUAUAGACUUAUAUAGGGAAAAACUUUGAAAAUCUUCUUGUCCAAACCACAAAGCCUAGGGCUUUGAUAUUUGUUAUGUAGCAUCAUCUAGUGGUUCUCUACCAAGUUUGUUCAAAUUAUCCCCCUAGGAUCAAAUAUGGCCCCGCCCCCGGGGGUCACAUGGUUCAUAUAGACUUAUAUAGGGAAAAGCAUUUAAAAUCUUGCCAAUAACCUACAACAUUCAAAUUUGGACCACAUGAAUAGUUUUGAGUGGCAAGAUGAACAUUGACAUGAGUUGACCUUGAUUUUGACCUAGUGACCUACUUUCACAUUUCUGUAGCUACAGCCUUCAAAUUUGGACCACAUGCAUAGUUUUGUGCACCGGAAAAAACUUUGACCUUGACAUUGACCUAGUGACCUACUUUCACAUUUUUGAAGGUACAGGCUUCAAAUUUGGACCACAUGCAUAGUUUUGUGUUCCGAAAUGAAAUUUGACCUUGAUUUUGACCUAGUGACCUACUUUCACAUUUCUCAAGCUACAGCCUUCAAAUUUGGACCACAUGCAUAGUUUUGUGUACUGAAAUGAAUUUUGAUACUGAGAUUGACCUAGUGACCUACUUUCACAUUUUUGAAGGUACAGACUUCAAAUUUAGACCACAUGCGUAGUUUUGUGUUCCGAAAUGAAAUUUGACCUUGAUUUUGACCUAGUGACCUACUUUCACAUUUCUCAAGUUACAGCCUUCAAAUUUGGACCAGAUGCAUAGUUUUGUGUACCAAAAUGAAUUUUGAUUUUGAGAUUGACCUAGUAACCUACUUUCACAUUUCUAAAGCUACAGGCAUCAAAUUUGAAGCACAUGCAUAGUUUUGUAUACAAAAAUGAACUUUGACCUUGAAAUUGAUCGUGUGACCUACUUUCACAUUUCUCAAGCUACAGCUUUCAAAUUUGGACCACAUGCAUGGACCGCAUGCAUGAGCCACAUGCACAGUGAUGUGUACUGAAAUGAAAUUUGACCUUGAGCUAGUCUUGAAAUUUGGAACAAUCAAAAAUGACUCAGUGGUGGGCGCCAAGAUCACUCUGUGAUUUCUUGUUGAAGGAUACCGUCUCUGUUAUCUUCAUUGGAUGUAUAUUUUUUAGCUUACCCUAGUCAUGCUUUGGUAAGCAAUAUAGGGCUUCUGCCUGGUUGUUUUUGGUCAAUAAAUAGAAUUUUUUAUACUGUA